AUGUCAACUACUCAUUUGGGUAAAACUAAUCUGAAAAUAUCGAGAGUUGGCUUAGGUUCGAUGCCAUUGGCAAUUAACGGUCGACCAACACGUGAAGAUGCGAUUAAAGUCAUUCAUCGUACACUUGAUCUUGGAAUAACGUUAAUCGACACAGCUGAUGCGUACUGUGCAGAUGAGAAUGACAAAAACUACUGUGAAAAAUUAAUCUGUCAAGCACUACAAACGUAUCAGGGUUCGGCAAAUAUUAACGAUAUCGUCGUUGCUACGAAAGGUGGUCUUGUCCGUCCCGGUGGAGCAUGGGAGACAGAUUUAAGUCCAUCUCGCCUUCGCCAAGCCAUACGUCAAAGUUACGAUAGUCUUGGAGGACGGAAGCCGAUUCCUCUAUGGCAAUUACACGAUUCUCCUCAAGAUGAAAAGUAUACAUUGAAAGAGAUAUUCGAACCGAUCUGCGAAGCAGUUCAAGCUAACCUAAUUCAAUAUGUUGGUGUUUCGAACUUCAAUCUUGAACAGAUCAAAGAAGCGCAAACUUAUGUACCAAUUCAUGCCGUGCAGAAUGUUUUCAGUUUGUUUAAACGCGGUGCUGAAACAGAUGGUGUUUUGAAAUAUUGUGAAGAUAAUCAACUAACAUUUCUAGCUUAUUCACCCAUGGGUGGACGAAGGAAACACAAGAAACUCAACAAAGAUAAGUUUCUUACAAAUUUAGCAUCGAAAUAUAAUUGUUCAACGUAUUGUAUUGUACUUGCAUGGAUUCUAUCUAAAUCGAAAUGUAUCGUUCCCAUACCUGGUGCUAGUCAAAUAACGUCGAUUGAAGAUUCAGUCAAGGCAUUGGAUAUCCAUCUUACUCAGGAAGAUAUUCAAAGCAUCGAUAAUCACACGUUUAUAUAG